GUUGACAAUAUGAGCACAUUUCAGAAUUCAAUGAAGGGUGCUUUAGUGGGCUUUGGGGGCAUAUAAGUCGGGCAAAUAAUGCUGUUCUAAAUAUAACUCAGCUGAUUUAUAACCACACAAAUCCAAUGAAAUAUGUGCUACUCUGGUGUCAUUAGAAAGGAUAUGCUUGAAUUGAAACGUCCAGUAAGGUUUCUCUGAGGUCUCCAUCAUCCGGUCCAGCGUCAUACAGAAAGAGAUGACGAAGUCCCUGCGGGGGGUGUGGGUGGGGGGAAGAGAGGGGCGAGGGGAGAUAAAGAGAAAGAGAGAUGGAGAAAGAAAGAGAGCGACAGAGCCAGACCUCAGACCUUAUUUCAGAAGUUACCAAAGACUCCAGACUCUGAGACAAGAGGACAAGAACAGCAGAGAAGUGAAAUCAUCUCAGGGCCAUACGAAAUCCUCCAGAAGCUCCACAGGACUGAAUAGAGAUCAGUAGGGAGAAUUAGAAAAACGUUCAAGCUCUUAGCGUUCAGUGGUGUGUGUUUGUGUCCCGCUGCUGCUAUGAGCAGGGUAUUGAUUCUGUCGGUGCUCCUGCUGUCCCUGAGCUGGUGCAGAUGUGCCGUCAUCACAGGGGCAUGUGACAGGGAUGUGCAGUGUGGAGUUGGUCUGUGCUGUGCUGUGAGUCUGUGGCUCAGGGGUCUCCGGAUGUGCACACCACAGGGGCUGGAAGGAGACGAAUGCCACCCGUACAGCCACAAGGUUCCUUUCCCCGGCAAGAGACAACAUCACACUUGCCCCUGCUUGCCACAUCUGGUCUGCACCAGGUACAGCGACAACAGAUAUCGCUGUACCAGCGACUUCAAAAACAUAGACUUUUAACACUGGAAACGUGUGAGAAAGAGACAGAUGAAGGUGCGGAAUACUUGAAAAGGAACAGCAGAAGAAGAUUAAUAACAAGUGCCAUAACACCUUUCUGGUCAUCUUCAUUUUUCACUCUCAUGUACUUUUGCACUACAAAAAUAAAACAUUAUACACCGUGACACAAGGUCUGCCUCAGAAUCUUGGGUUUACCUUGGCAUCCACCACACUUGAUAGUAAAAAAACUAAGUUUCAUCACCUUUACGUGAGAACACAUGCAAACAGACAUCUUGUAAGGAAUGUGCUUAGGCGUGAAUUAAUUUGUUGAAAGCUUAAUUAUGGUAAUUAAAAUAUUAUCAGUCUGAAUGGUCUUUGUG